AUGAAUAUAUCAAUAGAUUACAAAGUUCCAGUGUCUAAACCGACAUUAUAUAUUGGGGAGUGUUGGAAGUUGGCGGAAGGCUACAAUUGGCGGGUACGAGCUGCAUUUAUUCAAAAUUCGCAGAUGUGGGAGAUACGCAAAUUUUUUGGGCCUCACACGUACACAUCAACACGUAUGACAGAAGAUCAUCGAAAACUUGAUUCUAAAACUAUCUGUACAUGUAUCAUGCCAAUGGUGAAGGACAUGCCGACCAUUAAAGUUUCGGUACUGAUUGCCGAAAUACAGGAACGAUUUCAGUAUCGAGUAUCAUAUCGAAAGGAAUGGAUAGCAAAACAGAUGGCAAUUGAGCAAUUGUAUCGGGAUUUUGAUGCGUCGUAUAACGAGCUACAGGGAUGGAUAGCCGCUAUGCGGGAGUACGUACCGGAGACCGUCAUUGAGUUACAGACACAACCUUAUUACGGCCCGGAUGACCAACUACAGCCGGGAAAAAGAAUUUUCCAUCAGAUGUUCUGGACGUUUGAUCCAUGUGCACGCGCAUUUCCCUACUGCAAGCCAUUUGUGCAAGUGGAUGGGACCUGGCUAUAUGAAAAAUAUACACAGAUCUUACUUCUUGCGGUUGCUCAAGAGGGUAACAGGAACGUGCUCCCGAUAGCAUUUGCCAUUGUAGAUAAGGAGAACAUGGGAUCAGAGAAAGGAUUAAUUGCCGCCAUUAGACGUUCUGGUGUACCAUGGAGAUCUGUUUACUGCAUCCGUCACAUCGCGGCUAACUUCCAUCGAGAUUAUAAGAAUGCAGACUGGAAGAGACAAUUUGUGAAAAUGGAUAAAUGA